UGUACUAUGUCCGCAGUCUCUGGUCAUCUCCUGUACUAUGUCUGCAGUCUCUGGUCAUCUCCUGUACUGUGUCCGCAGUCUCUGUCUCUGGUCAUCUCCUGUAGUAUGUCUGCAGUCUCUGGUCAUCUCCUGUAGUAUAUCCGCAGUCUCUGGUCAUCUCCUGUAGUAUAUCUGCAGUCUCUGGUCAUCUCCUGUACUAUGUCUGCAGUCUCUGGCCAUCUCCUGUACUAUGUCUGCAGUCUCUGGUCAUCUCCUGUACUAUGUCCACAGUCUCUGGUCAUCUCCUGUAGUAUGUCCGCAGUCUCUGGUCAU